AUGUCUAAGCGUAACACAGAAGAUGAUAAACCAAUUCCUGAUAUUGUUUUUGAUUCCAAUUCCAAGACUACUUACAAAAAGGGACAGUUUUUAGGAAAGGGUGGUUUUGCUAAAUGCUAUGAAUUAAGAGAAGUAACUACCAAUGGAAUAUUUGCUGGGAAGAUUGUAUCCAAACGACUUCUUACCAAUCAAAAGGAAAAAGAAAAAAUGUCGCAAGAGAUUCAAAUCCAUAAAUCAUUGAGACACAAAAAUAUAGUUUUGAUUCAUAGUUAUUUUGAUGAUCCCAACUUUGUUUAUAUAAUUCUAGAAUUAUGCCGUAAAAGAUCCAUGAUGGAACUCCACAAGAGAAGAAAAGCUCUUUCUGAACCAGAAGUUAGAUAUUACAUGAAACAAAUAUUGGAAGGAGUUGUGUAUCUACAUGGUCUUCAAAUUAUUCAUCGAGAUCUCAAACUUGGCAAUCUAUUUUUAAAUGAUGAUUUAGAAGUAAAAAUAGGAGAUUUUGGGUUAGCUGCUAAAAUUGAGUAUAAUGGACAAAGGAAAAAAACAUUAUGUGGAACUCCAAAUUAUAUUGCUCCUGAAAUUUUAACUAAACAAGGGCAUAGUUAUGAAGUUGAUGUUUGGUCUAUAGGAUGCAUAAUGUAUACACUUUUGGUUGGUAAACCACCUUUUGAAACCAAUUCUCUUAGAGAAACUUAUGCAAAAAUUACCCGUUGUGAAUACACUCUUCCCUCGUCCUUAAAUGCAGCUGCAGCCUAUAUGCUUAAUAAAAUGUUGCAACCCGAUCCAUCAAAAAGACCUACAGUUCGCCAGCUGCAGGAAAUGGAAUUCAUGAAGACUGGUUAUUGCCCUGACAAAUUACCACCUUCAUGUCUUACAAUGUUGCCUAGAUUCGAUAAUGUUGAGGUAUCAAUAAGGAAACCACUAAUUGAAGUUAAUGCAAAUGAACCACAAAUGGUACGCAGUAGUUCGAAAAAACCAGAACCUAGAAUUAGUGUUUUUGGUGCUUGUAGCGUGCCACAGACUGUUACUACUGCAACUGCGGCUCAGUGUAACCAGUACCUAAGGCAGCUCCACCAUCAGCUGGUCGACCUUCUUAAAAAAAGAACCCCUGUUUUUACUAAUAGACAUGCAGAAGAAAUGAGUGAUCCUGCCGCACAACCUUUUGUAUGGAUCAGUAAAUGGGUUGAUUACUCAGAUAAAUAUGGCUUUGGGUAUCAACUUUGUGAUGAUGGUGUGGGUGUUAUGUUUAACGAUUCUACCAGAUUGGUUCUGUUGCCAAAUCACAUGAAUGUUCACUAUAUUGAAAAAGAUGGUUCUGAACAUUAUCAUUUGAUGGGACAAACUCCUCCUCAUCUAGAGAAAAAGAUGAAGCUCCUUUCUUACUUUAGAAGAUACAUGACUGAGUUCCUAAUGAAAGCUGGUGAUUCUGUCAAAGUACAGGAAUCUGAUAAUCUUAGUCGAAUUCCAUAUUUACACAUGUGGCAUAGAUCAUCUUCGGGAGUCCUCAUGCAGCUCACCAAUGGGACCGUCCAGAUCAAUUUUAUGAACCACACCAAAAUAAUAAUAUGUCCAUUAAUGGCGGCUGUUACUUACAUUGAUGUAGAUAAAAACUUCCGCACUUACAGAUUUACAACCCUUGCCAAAGAAGGAUUUUUCUGUGAAGGCCUUUAUAAUAACCUUAGAUACGCUUUAACUAAAACAGGCGAAUUUCUUCAGACUAAAGCAUAA